AUGCCUCUGUUUCGCAGAUCCGUCGUCUUUGACCCCAACAAAAACAUUCCCGAUUUGUCGGGAAAAGUCGCCAUUGUGACAGGCGGCAACAACGGUUUGGGAAAAGAGUCGAUACGGCAGCUGGCAAAACACAAUCUCGACAAGAUCUACAUGGGCGCGCGCAGCGAGAGCAAAGCCAAGGCAGCCAUCGCCGACAUCAAACGCGAGAUUCCCAACGCCAACGUCCACUUCCUGCCUGUCGACCUCUCAUCCUUUGCGUCGGUCAAACACGCCGCCGCCGCCUUCCUCGCGGAGAACAAGCGCCUAGAUCUGCUGUUGAACAACGCCGGCAUCUUCGCCGCGCCGCCCGGGCUAACCGAGGACGGCUACGAGAUCCAAUUCGGCACCAACCACAUGGGCCCGGCCCUGCUGACCAAGCUGCUCAUGCCGGUCCUGCUGGAGACGGCCGCCCAGCCUGGCAGCGACGUCCGCAUCGUCAACAUCAGCUCGACCGUGUACACAUCCGCCCCGAAGCCCGGGCUGCUGCUCUCCCAGAACAAAACUACGCUCCCGGACCUGGGCAUCGUCGGGCGCUACGGCCAGUCCAAGCUCGCCAACAUCUACUUCACCCAGAUGCUGGCCGAGCGUUAUCCGAGCAUUCUGUCCGUUGCCCUGCACCCAGGCGUCGUCAAGACGGGCAUCGCGGACGGACCGAGCGACCAGCCGCUGUUUACGUGGCUGUUCCGGUUGAUCGGGAAGGUUGCGUUUGUGGACGUUGCUACGGGGGCGUUGAACCAGCUGUGGGCUAGUACUGCGCCACGCGGCGAUGUCAAAAGCGGUGCGAUGUACUUUCCUGUAGGCAAAGAGCAUGAGGGAAACUCGAUGAUGCGAGAUCGCCGCCAGGCUGAAGAAUUGUGGAAUUGGACAGAAGAUGAGUUUAAGAAGCACGGCUACUAG